AUGGGUAAUUUAGUCACUACCACUUCCACUACUUCCACUACAACUAUUACAGUUACUACAACAACCGAGGCACCAUACCGUAAGACCGACGACUUCAUCUUCAAUCCCUAAUAACUUACUAAUCUUUUAGCGUGUUCUGUGUGUCCAAAAAUUUAUAGCUCUGGAUGUCUGGGGGGUGGCUCUGACGUCUGUGCGACAGCUGCUCAAGUUGGCAUAACUUACACAUUAGGCGUUUUGACAGGAUACAACUACGGAGAUUCUAAUACAUGCUCGUGAGUUCUUGAAAAAAAAGAAAAAGAGUUUUUUACUUUGCUUAUUUGUGUAGUAUUGUCUGGCGUUGAUUCAUGUGCGGAAACUUUAUUUAUUUCAAUUUACGUUUCCGUACAGUCCGUUUCAUAAGUAAAGGGCCACCCCUAAAAUUGAAUAUAUCGUCUUUCCCCAACAAAAUACAAAUCCAGGACCUUGAAAAUCAAAAUCAGCAUCACAAAUAACCCCCGGAAGACAAAUUUGAGAGCAGUGCAAAGGAUAGUUAGGGAAUGGUGCUGAAAUAUCUGAAAAUGUUGCAUCUGUAAGCGUUUUAUAAAUAUAGGGCCACCUCUCUGGAAUCCUCUUAAACUGAUAAACGUAAUCUUGAAUGGAGUUUUAUGCACCUUUAGGAUGUCCAAAAAGACUUUUUGAAAGCAUGUGCAAUGACCUCGACGCCACCUAAAGCCACUCUCCUAGGUUUAGCCUAAUGUUCUGUGUGAAGCUCGGGAGUGGAUCCGGGGGACUCCGAUCUAGUCAGCACUGUAAUAUGAUUGAAUCCAUUUAUUUUAGUUGGUUUAUGUUGCUCGCGAAAACUGAGCGAAUUUGUAAAAACAGAUGAAUUGCCAAGUUUCAUCAUUUUUGUUGUUUCAGAACUGUCUUCUCGUGUCCCGUCGCAACUACUUCUAAAGUCAAACUGCCGAUCACUGGAACAAUCACCCCUGGCCCAUCUCUCGUGAUUGCCACGUGUCAAGAAACUGGGGAAGACGCCGGCACGUGGUAUUAUGGAAUUCCGCCGCUCUCAACGCCGGUCGAAAUUGUGGCAACUUCAUGUGAUGGCAUUGUUUCCGGAUGAUUCACUACAUUUUUCGUCUCUGAUUCAUUUAAUAUUUGUAUAUAUUGAUAAUUUGCAACAUAAGCGCAUAUCAUGGACAUAAAUGUCACCUUAACAAUAAACUUAAUUUUUUUUUCGUUAAAAUUUGAUCUAUGGGCAUGUGCGAGAUAACGUUCAUAAUUCUUAUAAAUCAUGAUUCCCAGACUGUCUUUCAUGGAACGAAACUUGUCGUCAAUCAUUAGUCAUUAGUUCAGACAUCAGUAAUGUUUCAUUUUGUCGAUCAUUUUGUUCAAUAAACUGUUUUAAAGAAGAUAAAAGACAAUAUCAGUAACUGAACGCCAAUUAGCUAUGAAUUGUGAAGAGUCUAUGUGAGUAGCAAUUCUUAAAAGUGGUUUCCGUACUUUACCUAAAAGUUCCUCGUUUUCCUUCCCAAUUUCUACACUGUGAACUGUUAUACAGAACACAGAUUGCGCGAACAUAGGUCAGACUACACACGCUUAUCCAAUUUAUCAAGAGAUCAGGAAUGGGAGGAGUUUUAUUUAAAAGAACACAAACGCACUGUACCUGCCGGCAACAAAUUAUGAUGCUUCAAUCUACUAUUAUUCUGAAAUUUUCAGUAUUUCUGCUCUACUACGUGCAAAAGUCAUUCGGUUGCAUUCCCACUCAAAAUGUUGAUGGUGAGUUAGAUGGAAUUUGCACAACAACGAAUUUGCACGAUCGUAGUUUUUUGAAUACAACUAUGGCAUUUCAGUUUAUUUAUUUUUGUAGUUAUUGUAAAGUACUUGCCAGAAUUCAUUUUUAAAGACUUUAUUCAGAUUCUGGAGCAUUUGGUGGUUCUGCAACAACCACGACGGCAGCUUCAACAACUACGACUACAACAAGCACAACUACGACAACGACAACAAUGACUACGACUACUACAGUAACCGAACCUCCUUACCGUAAUCUCAAAAGACUUGACAAAGUAGACAACGUGCUUUUUAGCGUGUACGGUUUGCCAAAAAGUAUACAGUACCACUUGCUUCGGUACUGGACUUCUUGAUUUCUGUCCGACAGCCGCCGAAGUUGGACUCAUUUACUUUCUUGGUAUUGUUCCUGGAUUGUUAUUCGGAGAUGCCGAUACUUGCUCGUGAGACGUUCGAUAUCCCAAAAAGACUAAAUCAUCUGUUUCAGUACGGUAUUUGCAUGUCCGUUGGGGACCACAUCUCGAGUGAAAUAUCCAUUGCUCGGAGAAGGACUGGGACCUGCACUGGUCAUCGCUUCGUGUCAAGAAACCGGGGCGAAUGCAGGCAUAUGGUAUCUCGGCGUUCCACCUUUACCACCCCUUCCUGCUAUUGAAUUGGUGUCACUGACGUGUCAAGGACUGCUUUCCGGAUGA